AUGGAAUAUUUGCGUCAUUUUAGCGAAAGCACAUUUGAUAGCGAUCAAGUUGCAUGUGUUUGCGAGGUACUUCAUCAAUCUGGUGAUAUCGACCGCUUGGCUGAAUUCAUCUGGGCUAUUCCGAAUCGCGAAGAUUUGCGUUGUAAUGAAAGUGUUCUCAAAGCUCAAGCAUUCAUAUGCUUUCAUCGACAGAAUUUCAAGGAAUUGUAUCGAAUUCUCGAAAAUAAUCAUUUCUCGCCUGAAAAUCACGCAGAAUUGCAAGAUUUAUGGUUGAAGGCUCAUUAUAGUGAGGCUGAAAAAAUCCGUGGACGAGAGUUAGGCGCUGUUGGAAAGUAUCGAAUACGGAGGAAAUUUCCAUUACCCAGAACUAUUUGGGACGGAGAAGAAACAAGUUAUUGUUUCAGAGUCAGUUCUUGUUUCUCUCAGUUUGGCAAGGAGAAAUCGAGAUACACGUUGAAAAGUUGGUAUGCGAAGAAUCCUUACCCUUCUCCGAAAGAAAAAAAAGAGUUGGCUGAGGAAACCCAUCUAACUGUUACUCAAGUAUCAAACUGGUUCAAGAAUAGAAGGCAGCGGGAUAGAGCUGCUGAAAAUAAAGAAAGUGCUGGAUCAGGAGAAAGAAAAGAAGAUUCAGAUAUAUCGAGUGAUGAUGGGAUCUCUGAAAUAAAGCAUCAGAAUCAACAAUCUAGUCAUCAUCAUCAUCAUGCGCAUCAACAUCAUCAUUUACAGCAACACCAUCAUCAACAUCAACAACAACAGCAGCGUCAACAUUGUUCACAGAUGCUUUUGACUCCUACAAUGCCAAUGCCAACUGGGAUUCAGGAUUCAAGCACACUUGCUUCAGCUUAUAGCAAUCAACUUGCCGUAGCAACUGCACCUGGAUUCAAUUUCGCUGCUUACAAUUCUCACCCAUCUAUGCAAUAUAUUCCCGGUACUGAUAUGCUUCAUAUGACCAGUUAUCAAUCCUUGUGA